CACCCCCACCCCCCCAGGAGAAUUCACCGCACACCUGGUCUCCGCGGGAAGUGUUGGGUGGCAGCUGAGCUCCGGGAAGCAGGUUAGGGUGUGAGAGAAACAGUCACCUUCAGCCUAAUUGCUCAAAUGCUGUCCCCAGCACCGAGGGGACAGCAGCUUUUCUGCUGAGUCUGUUGGAGGCCGAGCCGCAGCACAGCUCAGCACAGCCUGCGAGCUGAGCGGCGCCCAGCGAUGGCCCUGCCCCGGCCACACCCGGCCUGACCAGGCCUCUGUGGGGAAGGGUCCCGGGUGUAGCCCUGAAGACGAGGCUGGUGGGCUUGCUGGGAACGAUGAAAAGGAGGAAACUCUGUGACUGAAGCUCCAGCCAGAACCCAGCCGGAGGGGGACCAUAGUGGCCCAGGCGCCCAGGCCAGCCAACCCCUGGUUGGGAGAAGCCUCGGACAAUCCUGCUCCGAAACCUGUUGGGAAAGCGGAGGGGUCCCAGCCCCCAGGAGCGGGCUGCGGUGCGGAUGCCGGAUGACGGUGCCGGGAUGGAGACCGCCAAGAAGGAAAAGGCAGAGCAGAUCCUGGCGGAGUUCCGACUGCAGGAGGAGGACCUGAAGAAGGUGAUGAGGCGGAUGCAGAAGGAGAUGGACCGUGGCCUGAGGCUGGAGACUCACCAGGAGGCCAGCGUGAAGAUGCUGCCCACCUACGUACGCUCCACCCCCGAAGGCUCAGUGGUGUCCCCAGACGUCUGGCAUUGCAGCCCCUUGUCCAGUACUCCUGGGCCUCCUGCCUUCCCUCCUCCUCUCCCUGUGGCUGCAGAAGUUGGGGACUUCCUCUCGCUGGACCUGGGCGGCACCAACUUCCGGGUGAUGCUGGUGAAGGUGGGGGAGGGGGAGGCCGGCCACUGGAGCGUGAAGACCAAGCACCAGAUGUACUGCAUCCCCGAGGACGCCAUGACGGGCACCGCGGAGAUGCUCUUCGACUACAUCUCCGAGUGCAUCUCCGACUUCCUGGACAAGCACCAGAUGAAGCACAGGAAGCUGCCCUUGGGCUUCACCUUCUCCUUUCCCGUGAGGCAUGAAGACAUCGACAAGGGCAUCCUGCUCAACUGGACCAAGGGCUUCAAGGCCUCGGGAGCAGAAGGGAACAACAUUGUGGGGCUCCUGCGAGACGCCAUCAAGCGGAGAGGGGACUUUGAGAUGGACGUGGUGGCGAUGGUGAACGACACUGUGGCCACAAUGAUCUCCUGCUACUACGAAGACCGCCAGUGUGAGGUUGGCAUGAUUGUGGGCACGGGCUGCAACGCCUGCUACAUGGAGGAGAUGCACAACGUGGAGCUGGUGGAGGGGGAAGAGGGCCGCAUGUGCGUCAACACCGAGUGGGGCGCCUUCGGGGACGCGGGCGAGCUGGACGAGUUCCUGCUGGAGUACGACCGCGCGGUGGACGAGAGCUCGCUGAACCCGGGCCAGCAGCUGUACGAGAAGCUGAUCGGCGGCAAGUACAUGGGCGAGCUGGUGCGGCUCGUGCUGCUGAGGCUGGUGGACGAGGACCUGCUCUUCCGCGGGGAGGCCUCGGAGCAGCUGCGCACGCGCGGCGCCUUCGAGACGCGCUUCGUGUCUCAGGUGGAGAGCGACUCGGGCGACCGCAAGCAGAUCUACAACAUCCUGCGCACCCUGGGGCUGCGGCCCUCGGCCGCCGACUGCGACCUCGUGCGCCGCGCCUGCGAGAGCGUGUCCACGCGCGCCGCGCACAUGUGCUCCGCGGGGCUGGCCGCGGUCAUCAACCGCAUGCGCGAGAGCCGCAGCGAGGACGUGAUGCGCAUCACCGUGGGCGUGGACGGCUCCGUGUACAAGCUGCACCCCAGCUUCAAGGAGCGGUUCCACGCCAGCGUGCGCCGGCUGACCCCCAGCUGCGAGAUCACCUUCAUCCAGUCGGAGGACGGCAGCGGCCGCGGCGCCGCCCUGGUCUCCGCGGUGGCCUGUAAGAAGGCGUAUAUGCUGGGCCAGUGACAGCCGCGGCCAGGCACGGAGGAGGCUCCAGGGGACAGACUCCCCACAGGCGCCCCAGCCUGGCCUGCCUCCCGACCCGCUGUCGCCUGGCGAUGGGACGGCACAAAGGAGACGCCAGGCUUCCCGAGUCAGUGGGAGGGACAGCCUCCGGGCCCUGCCUGGGUUGGGGGCUCAAGGAGCAGAAAUGGAGAUGCCCAGCUUCCUGUCUUUCUGCUGGAAUCCCCCACCCGGAGGGAGUGGCUCGCUCAGGACUUAGUUGGAUCUUCCGGCUUGGUUCAGCCUUGCCUGGGCCCCGCUCUGGGGAGGGGUGCCCUGUGGACCCUGCUGUGGCCUGGCUUCCCUGGGACUCCGCCCACAUGGGGAGGCAGCCCAGGGACCUGGCCAGAUCUCCGCCUGGCUCCACGGCACAGGGCUGCUGACCACCCAGGCCUGGUGGGCUCUGCCUGGAGACAGGGGGGGGGGGGGGGGGGGCAGGGACCAGCUCAGCGUGGAGAGGAGGCACCAGGAGGCCUGGGAUGGCAGCCUCUUCCCGCCCACCCCGCCUCUCCUGAGGGAUGGACGCUCACAGGAGGUGCAAGAGACCAGCCCCCACAGCCCGUCAAGGACCCAGGAAGAGGAGGACCCCCGCCAUGGGGCUGCCACACACCAGCCAGCAGCACCCAGCACAGCCUCCAGGGGACCACCAGUCUCUUCAUGCCCAACAUGGGACUGGGUGGUUUUUUAAUUAAAAGUUUUAAAAGUUUA